AUGGGUUUCGCAGACAAGCGCAUCGCCAUCGUCGGCGGUGGCCUGGGAGGCACAGCCUUUUUAAACGCCGCCCUCUUCAGCGGUCUGAAGAAAGUCCAACUCUACGAGCAAGCGCCCCAAUUCGGCGAAGUCGGCGCCGGCGUAAAUAUCACCUCAAACGCCAAUCGCGUCCUCGACGCCUUCGGCCUGAAGGAAAGCAUGACUGCCAAGUCCAGCCGCAAACUCCCCUCAUACAUGGAAUACCACAGCUACCAGACCGGCGACUAUCUCGGCCACAUCGCGGAAUUCUCGCAACCGCCCGCCCGCCUCCUGCACCGCGCACAUCUGCUAGAUUCGCUGAAGGAGCGUGUUCCAGAAUCAUCUCUUAACCUGGGUAAGCGACUGUCAUCAAUUGAUCGAAAUGCCGCCGGCGCUUCUGCGCCAUACACACUCCAUUUCGAGGACGGCAGCACUGCCGAAGCAGACAUCGUCAUUGGAUGCGAUGGUAUCAAGUCGAAUGUCCGUCUCGAUAUGGGCUUGGGUGACUCGCCGAAUUACUCGGGCCAGGUUGUAUACCGCGGCUUCGUAGACUACAAGGACCUGCCCACCGAGACGGCACAAUUGCUCCGUAAGACGGUCAAUUUCCGCGGUCCGAAGUGCCACGUUCUGAUUCUGCCUAUUGGAAAUGAGGAGACGAAGACUGACCGUGCGGCUGUUAUUGGAUUUAUGUCUGAGUCGCUUGAUGCGUGGGAUUCAGAGAGCUGGAUGUCUCGCUCUGAUAUCGAUAGCUUGCAGGAACAUGUUAAGGACUGGUGUCCCCAAGUGCAGGAUAUCAUUGCCGGUCUGCGGAAGGGCUCGGCGGAUGGGAAGAUGUUGAAGCAGGCACUUUACGUGCGCGAUCCGCUGGAUAAGUGGUUCGAGAUGAAGGAGGGCCAGAAGGAUGCGGGUAUUAUUUUGCUGGGUGAUUCGGCUCACUCUACGCUGCCUCACCAAGGUAUGUUCAUCAUUUUUGAUGGCUCGAAGCCUCCUCCCCUCCCACCGACGCAAUUGACUAAUCUGGAUGCAAUAGGUCAAGGAACCUGUAUGGCUAUUGAGUCUGGUAUUGCCCUCGCGACUGUUCUGCGCCACUGGAAGGGUGAUGAUCUCGCUGCCGCAUUCCAGUUCUACCAGGAUCUCCGAAAGCCCCGGACAGACCGUGUCACGCAGACUAGCUACGAGGCUGGUAAGCUAGCGAGCUCUGAUAGCCCUGACCAGAUGACCAACAACUUCAACCCGGAGGCGCUAGGUGAGCGGAUGAAGUGGAUUAUGGAAUAUAACGUUCUGGAGGACUUGAAAAGUAAGGGAGCUGGUGUGCUAGACUUCCAAGACUCGAGACUCUAA